CAGCAGCAGCAUCACCUCCAGUGCCCCCGCCCUGCCCCAGGGCCCCCUGCCCCUCACCGUGCCCCCCUCCCAGGUCGGCGACCGCCCCUCCCGCCCCCGGAGCCCGCCGACCGCACCCCCUCCCCUCCCCCUCCCCUGCCGCCCUGCAAGCGCAUCAGGCUGGAGAAGAGGCAGCUGGAUGCCCCCACCUCCCUGCCAGACAAGAACAGCCACCCUGACCCUGCCAACGGAACCCCCGGGGCCGCCGCCGCUGCUGCCGCCGCCACCCCCACCCCCUCGGCCCCGCCCCCAGAGGACCUGACUCACCCUGUGCUCAAGACAGAGCCGGUGGAGAGUGUGACGCCAGACACGGAGGGCGGCACCGGCUGGAGCCACGAGGAGGGCGACAGCAGCAGUUGUGGUGCCGGGGGCGGCGGUGUGCCCGGCGGCGGCGGUGGCGGCGGCGGUGGCGGCGGCGGCGGUGAAGGUGGGGGAGGAGGCGGAGGCAGAAGUGGAGGCGGUGGUGGCGGUGGCGGAGGAGGAGGAGGUGGUGGAGGAGGUGGUGGAGGAGGUGGAGGGGGCUCUGGGGGGGAGACCACCACCACCCCUGGCCUCACACCCCCUGGAGGGACCCCCCCGGAGCACGAGAACACUAGUCACCUACUUCAGGCACUCAACUCGGAAUCUCAUCUGCAAGGCGGUGACGGGUCGGAGGAGGCGGAGCGGUCCUUCCUGUGCGGCGAGGACCUGCGGCAGGAGCGGCACGACCCGCGGUACGAGGUGCCGCAGCAGCAGCAGCAGCAGCCCCUGGAGCCCCGUGUGGAGCCCCGCCACGAGCCGCCCCUGGACCUGCGGGAGGUGCGCCCCCCCGCCACGGAGCACCAGCGGCCCGAGCCUCGGCCCGAGGUAAUGCCGGUGGGCGGCGGCGAGCGCGUGGCCGCGUCGCCGCCGCUGCCGCCCAGCUCGCUGCCGCACUCGUGCCAGCUGUGCGGCAAGCUCAUCUCGUGCCGCCGUAACCUGUGGAAGCACAUGGAGCGCGUCCACUUCAACAACCCCGCCGUCCGCUGCUCGCUGUGCGCCAAGAUGUUCAAAAACAAGUACGCCCUCAAGGACCACCAGCGCAUCUACCACGGCGGCCUCAGCGAGCCGCCGCCGCCGCCCCACUCCGCCUCGCUGCUGUCCCGCAUCCUGCAGGACCCCCGCCACUCCCAGCCGCAGCCCCACGACCCCAGACAUCCGCCCCCCAUGGAACUCCAGCAGCCGCCCCUCAUGCCUCGCGAGCCCCACCUGCGGCGGCCCCUGGAGCCACACGCCCAGCCGUUGGGGCGCCGCCACCCCGAGGACGAGGACGUGGGCGGCGCGGGCACCUACCCCGGCAUGGGCAUGGGCUCCUUGAUAUCACAGUCCCUGGCGCCCAGCAUGGUGGGCAGCCCGUCCUCCCUGGGGGCGCCGCGCCCAGAGUGGCCCACGCAGGACAACCCGCUGGCGCUUGUCAACCGCGCCUUCCUGUCAGAGCUGCACCAGCUGGUCACCAAGGCUGACUAGACGCCCGCCGGUCACCACCCCGCCCCGCCGCCGCGGUGACCGGGGUGCCGCCCACCGCCGCCCCGCCGCACCCGCCCCCUGGAGCUGGGAGCGGCCGCAGCAGCAGCAGCAGCAGCAGCCUGAGGCGGGUUGGUCACCUUAUCUCACUCUCGAUAGCUUUAACCUCCCAGGGGAGUCCCGGUGUUACCAAACGGGAGGAGCCCCGCUGUCCUGUCCGCGCCCCGGGCGCCGGCGCGGCGGCGUGGUGGGCGGCGCGCCCCGGCACGGCCGCCGCCGCCGCGCGCCAGGCGUGGACGGGGCGGGGCAGUACAGUACUAGCAGUACUAGUAGUCGUUACCACGAUAGUCUCUCCAGUUGUGUGUUCAGCCGCACCGCAGCUACCCUGUACGUAGGCAGCCUAACACUGGACGCACACGCUUCCCUAACUCACGACUCAGCAGGAGGGGAGUGGGGGCAUUGACCUGACUCGGAUCUUUCAUUCCAGCAUCUUGACCUGUGAUGAGAGCGUGAUACCAGACACUUCAACAUUGGGGUUCUGAUUAAAUUUACGAUAUAUUGGAUUUAUUUAUGUCAAGCAGACGCCCAAAAUGUGGAUUAUUGGCUGUGAUAGAAGUAAUGUUGAGCUGUGUGUGGACGUGUUGCCAGACGAGCCUGCGAGGAUCCUGCAGGAAGAUUCUGAAUCAGCAAUCAAUGUGUCCUAUGACUGCCUGAGCCGCGCGCCGCCCGCCGCCCCCGUGCCGGUCGCCUCCCCGCCCGCGCGGUCUGCCCCGGCCCGCCCCGCCCGCCCCGGCGCCCGGCCCGCCUUGCCGCUGCUCCUCAGCCGCGUCUUGUUAAUGGUUUCAGCUUUUGUAUUCCAGAUAUAGUUGAUCAGUAUUUGCUCAGACGGUGGCCCAGGCACCGCCGCCCGCCGCCCACGCCCACGCCCACCGUCCCGCCGCGGCCGCGCUCGCCGCCCCCAGGACGCGGCCUCCGCAUGACACUUAAUGCCAUGCGUGUUCCUCGGCGCCCUCAUUCGAGACUCUUGCCUGUGGCGCGGCUCCGCGGCGGCUGGCCCCGCGCCCUCGCGUGGCGCGCCAGCCGCCGCGGCGCCGCGUGUGCCGAGAGCCGCACGACAAGAGCUGUGCCUUGCGCUUGUGUACUCAUGAAACAUUUCACCGCGCCGCGGCCCGACGCCACGCCUUACGCCACUCUUUUGUAGCCGUCGAGCGCCGCGCCGGGGGAGCCCCGCCCCCCACGCGGGCCUCGGCGCCGCGUCGUACUCUAGGAGCGGCCACGCCGGGGAGGAGCAGCCCGGGGCACGGAGCAGCAUGGGGCAGCGCCGCAGGGGAGGGCCGCAGCCCGGGGGCCGCGGGGGCAGCUCGUUUAUACUCUCACCUUCGUGAAGGCUGUGUCUCCGUUUCUGUGAUGUAAUGAAGUGUGCUGUUGUAACGGUUAUGCAGAGCUCUUUAUAUUUUUGAUACUGUAGAGUAUUUUGCGCAAGGUUCCUAGGUAUAAUUGAUAAUUUUCGCAAGCUGGGAUCGAAGUGGAACCCGCGCGUGCCCCCACCAGCAGCAGCAGCAGCUGGCGGGCACCGCCUGUCCCAAGGCCACGUGAAGAGUGCGCGACCGCGCGCGCCGCGUGCAGCACGUGGUAUUGUUGUGGAAGCCGUGUGUUGACACCCGCCGCCACCACCAGCGCCGCGGCAGGCGGCAGCGGCAGCGGCAGCAGAGGGAGGGGUUCCACUGAGGUCCUCGUGACAGAUGCAAGCCGCUACGUCCAGAGCAAUAUGGUGUACGAGGCUGGAGCAGUUUGUUGGCCGCACUGGUUCAAGAGUUAGUCUAACAACCAAAUGCUUUUCAUACUUAAAACUGAACCCUGACGCCGAGGGAAGCACCGCGGCGGGCGGGGCGCCGCGCCCGCCGCGGCAGGAGUCACCAGCAGUGAUAGCCUAUAUUUUGAUAUUUAUGAUGGCCAAUUGGUGAUAUAUUCUAUUUUACUAUUUAUGGUUUGUGAUAUAGUGACUGAGCUUUAAUACUGUAUGUUGUAGUAGUGGACGCGAGUGGCAUGGCGUGCGUGGGGCGCCACGUGGAGCGAGUGACAGGUGUGAGAGGCGCGUGGCGGCGAUGCUGCAGCGAGUGUGGUGUACAUAGCCUAGCGUGUAAGUAACAGUAGCAGUAAGCGUAGCAGUACAGGCGCGAGCACGCCGCCGCCCUUGUCUUGUCGUCUCGGCGGAGGAGUCUUGUCCCGGACCUGGUCUUUCAAUAAGGUGUCUUGCGGGGCCUGCGUGCCCCACGGGGACCCCGCCGCCCCGCCCGCCGCGCCGCCCUGCCCCGCCCCGCUGCGCCCCCUCGCCUCCCCGUCAUGCUUGAGGGCGAGGGCGUGGCGGGGCGGGGCGGGGCGGCACGGCGGGCAGGGCGGCGCGGGAGUGUUGAUCGUCGCGGGCGUGUUUGUGUUGCCUUGAGUCAGAGUGUGGACCCACGGAUGCUGCUACACAGUGCCUAGCCCGGGGCGCCGCCACUCCAGACACCGCCCCCCCCCACGCCCCGCCCCGCCCCACCCGCUCACCCGCUCAUCACCACACACCACCACACCACCACACACCACAACAAACCACACCACACCAGACCUCGCAGCACACGCCGCACUCCACCACUACCACACUGUCCCGAGCAGCUCACCAAUCACACACACACACACACACACACACACACACACACACACACACACACACCACUGGAGUCACAUAGUGUCACACUGCCGCGCCGCACCACACUGCCAGUGAGUAGCACACAGCACACACAGCCACAGUCCCCGCCCCCACAGCACCAAGCAGCCCCUCCAGCUCACCGCCGCCCGCAGGGCACCGUUGUUGACACGCCCACUCACUAACUCACUACUGUUGUUGAUGUGCACACACACACACACACACACACACACACACACACACACACACACACACACACACACACACACACACACAAACACACACACACGCGGGGGCCUCGUCGGCCGCGGCGACACUCUUGGUUCAGGAACACCAAAAGGAAAAUGUUGAAAUAUUUUCACAAGUUAAGCUUAUGUCAGAUGAUGUUUAGAUGUUUAUUGUAACAUAUAUUUUGUAAUUCCACUGUGUGACGCGGCCUCCCGGGGCGUCACUGUGGAGCCGCCACGCCCUGCCCCGCCCCGUGGCCCCGGCCGUGGGGCGCGGCGCCCACACCGCGUGCCCUUCCCCCACGCCCCGCUAUGGCAUUCGGCUUCUCGCCCCGGGCAGGGUGUGGGCGGCGCGGGGCGGGGUGGGGUGGGGCAGGAGCCGCCCCUGCCGGCACAUGUGUGUGUCGCCCAGUGUCCGGCCCGCUGCCCCGCCCGGCCCCGCGCCGCCCCGCGCUGCCCAUCGCCACACCAGGCCAGGCCCCGCCACGUCCCACGCCGCCCCGCCGGCAUGGCCCGCGGCUCCCUUCGGGGCUGCCGCCUUUCACUGCCACCCACAGGCGGGGUGG